AUGGUGGACACGACCGUGAAUGCGCAGGUGUAUGACAUCGACGGCUUCGGCACGCCCGCAGCGACGAUCCGACGGCUGCAGGCGGCGGGGCGCAAGGUGAUUUGCUACUUCAGCUUCGGGUCCGCCGAGGACUACCGCGCCGACUACAGCCUGUUCCCGCGCUCCACGCUCGGUGGACUCGUCUGCAACAGCGACGACUGUUCCGAGGUGUGGGAGGGCGAGCGGUGGCUGGAUGUUCGCAGCAACGUGGUGCGGAGUGUACUGGAGAAGCGUGUAAAGCUGGCAAAGCGCAAGGGGUGUGAUGGCAUAGAGCCGGACAACUUGGACGCGUGGAGCAACAACAUCAUGUACAAGACCAUCAGCCGCUUUAAGAUCACCGCUGCUGACCAGGCCAACUUCAACCUCUGGAUCGCCCGCACCGUGCACAAGUACGGCAUGUCAGUGGGCCUCAAGAACCCUGGCUCCCUGCUGCCCUCCCAGAUGGCAGCCGCGUUUGACUGGGCGCUGGUGGAGCAGUGCAACGAGUACAGCGUGUGGGGCGGCGGCGGCGCGUGGUACAGCGGCAGGUACGGCUGCGACUACGCGAACGAGUUCAUUGUGCGCAGCAAGGCUGUGUUCAUCGCCGAGCCCUGUGCGCUGACAACAAUGCACACUGCUUCACAAUACGACGCGCCUCUACAACACAAGGACCUCGAGCCGGGCUACGCUACGCCUCCUCCACUCACAUCUCGUUCCCUUGCUACUGCUUCUCUUGCUACUGCUCCCCCCUCCCGCCAGGCCAUGUGUGCGGACAACAAUGCACACGGCUUCACAACGCGCCUCUACAACAUGGACCUUGAGCCGGGUUACCGUUACCCCUUCGCUGACUGCCUGCGCCACAAGCCUGCCGGGUGCAACUCGGUGUGGCAGCAGUGCGUGCAACCCACUGUGUAUCAAUCGUUCAUGCGCAGCGGGAUGAAGCGGUGGGAUGCGGUGGGGCAGUGCAUGCGCAGCAAGAGCGCGGGUGGCGUGUUGGCGCAGCUGAGGGGCAGCAGUGUGGCGGCUGAUGCGCUGACAGCCCCUGGCGAUGCCAACGCCACCGGCGUGCUCGAAAUCACCCUCCUCCAGAACGGCACGGACUACGACGUGGCCUUCACGGCGCGCAUCUCCCUCUCGACUGACGCUGCGCCCACGGCGCUCACUCUCAACAGCGGUACUGCCGCAACGACCGGCGCGGCUCUGCUGGACUUUUCCACGGCCACGGGCACUGACGGCGCAUCCCCCCCUGCGUGGACCAGCGCCGCCUCGCCCUCCCCUGGCAGCGGCCCCAUGGGGCGCGCAUGGGGCCGCCUGCAGCGUGCAGUGGGGCGCUCUGCGCGCCUGGCAGGGCUGCACACAUUCACUCUCACAGGCGUGUGGCGCGCUGCCGCCACCGUGGCUGCUGAGGACGGCGUGCAGACGGUGAAGGACGUGGCGCUGGCGCUUGUGAUGCAGCCCCGCACCUUCUAUGCUCUCGUGGCUUCCCCGGGGUUUGAGGCCGGCGCUGCUAGGGGUCAGUUCCAGAAGGCGCCCAAAGGAUGGGCGUUCGGGCUUAGGAACUGA